UCCUUGUCUGACGUCAGUGGCUGCAGGGCUUGGCAGGCGAGCGGUCAUCAUAUUUUCAUGGCACCAAUGACUACGUCCGGUCCUGCUGUGUUCGUGUUCCUGACUAGCAUCUUGUGUGGAAACAUCAGAGGUUCAACACAAAGCGUCACGCAGCCAUGUGAGAGAAACAAAAGAGCCAUCUCACUCUGCGAACGUAGCUCCGAUAACCGCCCGUCAGGCUUUCUCACAUACAACAUGUCCACCUCGCCGGAGUGGUGCAAAUGCAGCCUUUCGACAGACCAGAAAGAUACGAUGGAUGUGCAGUAUUCGACGACCGGACACAACGCAACAUAUGACUUCGUCUUCCACGUUGCAAGAGGUGGCGGUGGCAACAUCACAGGCAGACACGGACACUGGAACGACAUCAUAUCUAAACAGAUGCCUUGGACCGUGUACCUGUCGAAGGCUAAUCUUGAAACAGAACGUGCAGCAAUUCAAGGAUUAUGUUUCUCCUAUGAAGUUAAGAAUGAAGCAUCAAGAUUAUCCAUUGUUUGCCAUUCUUCUGACAUGGAACUGAGCAAGUCUGAGACAUCAAACAUAUCACUGAUCACUUCAUUCCUGUCCGGACUGGCUUGUGUCCUGGCUUUUGCGGCAGUAGUUGUGGUGUUCAUAUGCAGAGCACCGAGGUGUGUGAGGUGUGAACGGCAAAUUCAACACUAGAGCUCUGGAUGAGAUACUCACAACAAUACAACAACCAUCUACAAUGCGAUAAGGAGGGUUUGCUCUCCACCAUUUCAUGCAAAAUAAAUAAACCGUGAACGCGAA